GGACUUAGGGGUACCAUUGGAUCCGUGAACUCCCUUUAAACCCUCCCCUUCCACGAUCCCCACCCGCGAACUCGUCAUUGGUGGGCGGCACUGCGGUUAAUCGUUCAUCCCUCGUUUCUUCGAUCACCACCGCCGCUGAUCUCUUCUUCUCCUAGGGUUUGUUUUAUAUCUAAUAAACAUGGGUAUCCUUGAGAGAAUCAAGGAGAUCGAGGCUGAGAUGGCCAGGACUCAAAAGAAUAAGGCUACAGAGUACCACCUUGGGCAGCUAAAGGCAAAGCUAGCAAAAUUAAGAACCCAACUUUUAGAGCCUCCCAAGGGUUCUAGUGGAGCUGGAGAGGGUUUUGAAGUUACAAAGUUUGGUCAUGGUCGUGUUGCACUGAUCGGUUUCCCGAGUGUGGGGAAGUCUACACUUCUAACUUUGUUGACUGGAACACAUUCAGAAGCUGCAUCCUAUGAGUUCACAACCCUUACUUGCAUACCAGGAAUUAUCAACUAUAAUGAUGCCAAAAUCCAACUUCUAGAUCUUCCAGGAAUCAUUGAAGGUGCUUCAGAAGGAAAGGGGCGUGGUAGGCAGGUUAUUGCUGUUGCCAAGUCAUCAGACAUUGUGUUGAUGGUUCUUGAUGCCUCAAAAAGUGAGGGGCAUCGUCAAAUAUUAACAAAAGAACUGGAAGCUGUUGGUUUGCGUUUGAACAAGAGACCACCUCAGAUAUAUUUUAAAAAGAAAAAGACUGGAGGCAUUUCUUUCAAUAGUACGUGUGCUUUGACUCAUAUUGAUGAGAAGCUAUGCUAUCAAAUCCUACACGAGUACAAGAUACACAAUGCAGAGGUGCUAUUCCGUGAGGAUGCUACUGUCGAUGACCUUAUUGAUGUUAUCGAGGGGAAUCGGAAAUACAUGAAGUGUGUAUAUGUCUACAACAAGAUUGAUGUCAUUGGUAUUGAUGAUGUGGACAGACUAGCCCGCCAACCGAAUUCAGUAGUCAUAAGCUGUAACUUAAAGCUGAACUUGGACAGAUUGCUGGCAAGGAUGUGGGAAGAAAUGGGUCUCGUAAGAGUUUAUUCAAAGCCUCAGGGACAACAGCCUGAUUUUACAGAUCCUUUUGUCCUUUCUACUGAUAGAGGUGGAUGCACUGUGGAAGACUUCUGUAAUCAUAUACAUCGUAGCAUAAUUAAAGAUUUAAAAUAUGUUCUUGUUUGGGGAACUAGUGCACGGCACUACCCACAACAUUGUGGUCUCUCGCACAAUCUCCAUGACGAGGACGUUGUCCAGAUAGUGAAGAAGAAGGAAAAGGAGGAAGGGGGGAGAGGUCGGUUUAAAUCACAUACAACUGGUCCUGCUCGCAUAUCCGAUAGAGAGAAGAAGGCUCCAUUGAAGACAUGAUCAUGUUUGUCGCAUCUGUCUGGUGAUUUGUGUCAUAUCUAAUUAUCUGGAUACCGAGGAGAGAGUCCAUGAGUAGAAGAUAUGCUCUUCGGACAAAAUCAUCCUUGAGAAGCUGGAUUCUGAAGCAUCCACAGUUAGAUCAUCUCUCAACUAGUUGAAUCAUCAUGAACCUUAAUUGUCAACUUUAUUUUAAGUUUUGACACACAUCAUAAAAUAAUUUAUUUA